GCCGAACAGGCCUUUUCGACACCACACACCAAGCAACAGAAUGGCACCUACUGAGAAGUCGAAGAAGCCUACACGGUCCGCCGUCAACGACGUUGUCACUCGUGACUACACCAUUCACCUGCACAAGAAUGUGUUUGGUGUUCAGUUCAAGAAGCGGGCACCAUGGGCUGUGAAGUCAAUCAAGCAGUUCGCAGAGAAGCACAUGGGCACAAAGGACAUCCGUAUCGACCCCAGUCUUAACAAGGAGAUCUGGCGCAUGGGUGUCAAGCACGUCCCUCACCGCAUGCGUUUGCGUAUCGCACGCAAGCGUAACGACGAAGAAGGCGCCAAGGAGAAGCUCUACUGCCUCGUAUCACACGUGCCUGGCGCGACAGUCAAGGGUCUCCAGACCACCGUUGUUGAGGAAGCCUCAGAGGAAUAAGGUUCGGCAGGCCGCCACUCCUCUUCGUGCUGAUUGCAACGUCCUAACACAGUCCAACUGCAUACGAUACAAUCUCAGUCUCAUUCACACACGAAAACGUAUUUGCCUCGCCUAAGCACAGAUUGAAGUUGAGAGUCCCAGUUUCGGGGCAGCUCUCUAUUUGUGACAUCUGCCGCUGAGCAUCUUCCUUUUGAGACGCAUCGCACACUGCUUGCGGUCCUUUGCAAUCGCCGACUGGCCAAUUGUGUGUGAUCAUGAUCCGCUUGUUCAGCCGAUCAUGUGCCAACCAUUCGUCGAUUACAUUGCUCGAUGCCUGAUUGAAAAAUCCCAAACCGCCCGUGACUUCGUGAAUUGUGACAUCAAUUCAUAAAUCUGCCUAGCUCAGCAAGUCCUAUCUGUCGUCA